UGUUUAAAUGAUCUCUCAGGUACCGAUCCAUGCUACAUAAAGCUCUCAAGGAGAAUAUUGUGGUGGAGCGCACUGAUUUAUAUGAUCGUUUCUUUGUGCUUGUUGACGAGUGCAAGGUCAAAGCAAGUGUGACUCGUUUGCCAUAUUUUGAUGGUGACUACUUGCCGGAUGUUAUUGAAGACAGUAUAAAUGUUCUCCAACAAGAAGAAGAUGAACGAAAAGCGCAGAAGAGGGGAAGAAAGCCAAUAAGCAGAAGGGCUCUGAGAGCUGCUGGUUAUGCUAGCCUUUCUGGUGACACCUCAAAGGAUAUUCUACUAAUGCAGAAGGAUGACCCACCAUAUAUGAUCAAUGGCUUAGAUCAUAAUAUCUAAGUGAAUGGAUGGUCUAGGAUAGCCCUUUCUCUUGCUCUCUUCACCCAACCUCUCUUCUUUCCCAUUCAAACUCAAUUGAUGCCACACACACACACAGAGCUAAUGGGGAUUGUUUCUUGUGUGGAUGGCCUAAUGAAUAGUCUGGAAGAUUGGAUCUCAUUUGUUGGUCAAUAGCUGUAUAGAUGGAAUAUUACAUUGUAGGGACUGCCUGAUGAAUAUUCUGGAAAAUUGGUUCUCAUCCACAAAAAAAUAG